UAAUCGAACUGGGAGGUUUCGCGUCUGCGCCUCGUUCCCGACCGUUUGGGCAGAAGCAAAGAAGCCCAGCGAGAAGAUAAAAGGCCUCAAGGCCCAUUUCCCCAUCUCUAUCAUCGGCGGCGGCGGCUCGAGCAGAGGAAAGGAAGCUUUCUACCCUAGCAGAGAAAAAAAAGCAGAGGAGAGGAAGCGGAGGCGACGAUGUCGGCGAUGACGGCGGCGGUGCCCUUCUGGCGCGCGGCGGGGAUGACCUACAUCGGCUACUCCAACGUCUGCGCGGCGCUGGUGCGGAGCUGCCUCAAGGAGCCCUUCAAGACCGAGGUCUCCUCCCGCGAGAAGGUCCACUUCUCCCUCUCCAAGUGGGCCGACGAGAAGCAGCAGAAGCCCACUGUGCGCACAGAUGAUGAAUGAAGAUCGGGUGCCAUGGUGAUUGAUGUUUUGAGAAGUUGUUGAGUCAGGGCUUAAGAACUUGAGAAUAAAUUCUUGCGGUGACAAUGGAUCUAUUCCGAUACUAUGUUGUUAUAUUUACUAAUUGCUCCUUUUCUACUUGAUGAACCUGAACCAUGUGAAACUCGUGUCUUGUGGUGCUCGAGUGAGCGUGUUUUUAUGCGUUAUAUCUUCUGAUGCUUUAAUUUGGUAUAUAUUCCAAAGCUUAUGAAUAAACUGUUUUACCCAUGUCA